AUGAAGCUUUUAUCGAUGGUUACGCUAGCUCUCAGAGAUAUGUGGACUCUUGCUUUUUUUCGGGAGGUCUUGCUCGAGUUUUUAGGCACUACCCUUUUCCUAUUCACCAGCCUGUCCUCCAUCGUUUUGUGGCCCCGGCUGUCACCCUUGUCGGAUAGCAUGGGUCCCGCCCCGUCGUCGAGAUCUGAGACUCUCCAGCUUUCGCACGAGUGUCGUUCAGAUGCCAUACGCGUGUCGCUGGCUUUUGGAACCUCGUUGACCUUGACUCUCGUCUGCCUAGGUCCGCUGCAUUUGAAUCCAGCUGUUACCAUGGCGAUGAUAGCAGGUUUAAGGGUCAGCCCUUGGCGUGCGGUCCUUCACGUUGGGUCACAGCUUCUUGGGGCCAUGUGUGCGUGUGCAUUGCUCAUGUCAGUCAGCCCGCAGAGAGAGAAUCUAGGCCGUAAUGAGAUUACCUCUGGAGUGUUUCCUUACCAGGCCUUCACAGUGGAGCUGCUGGUGACAUUUCAACUGGUGCUUUGUAUUCUCACUGUUUCUCAUCCCAAAUCUGCGGUUUCUUCUUUUUCUCCUGCCCUGGCUGGUCUUUCAGUCACACUAGGGCAUCUUGUGGCGAUUGGGUUCACAGGGUGCGGGAUGAACCCUGCGAGAUCAUUUGGACCAGCUGUGUUGACUGUAAACUUCCAGAACCACUGGGUUUUCUGGGCGGGGCCAUGUGCAGGUGCAGUACUGGCCUGGCUGUUACACGACCUGGUUCUCCUGCCUCGAUGGAGCUGCCCGGCCGACUGGCUGACUGAAUUUAAGGCAUUCUUUCUCAAAGACUCUUCCAAACAAUCCAGAAGUGCUGAAGAUUCAGGGGAGUGA